AUGGUUUCUUUCUCACAUUUCUUGGCUGUGCUACUCUCCGCUUCCAUCUUCCUCUUCUUCCUCCACAAAUGGCGCCGCAGCAACUCCCCGAUGCCCCGGGGAAAGCUUCCGCCUUCUCCCCCAACGCUCCCGCUCCUCGGAAACCUCCACCAGCUGGGCUCAGCGUUCCACAAAUCCAUCCAGUCACUCUCCCUCCGCUACGGCCCCCUCAUGCUGCUCCACUUCGGCAAGGUUCCCGUCCUCAUCGCCUCCUCGGCUGAUGCGGCGAGAGAGAUCAUGAAACACCAGGACCUGAUCUUCUCAAACAGACCCCAGCUCAGCAUCGCGAGCCGGCUGUUCUACAACAACCGGGACGUGGCGUUCGCGCCGUAUGGAGAGUAUUGGCGGCAGAACCGCAGCAUAUGCGUGCUUCAUCUGCUGAGCAGCAAAAGGGUUCAAUCCUAUCGCCACGUGAGGGAGGAAGAGACUUCCCUCAUGGUGGAGAAGAUCAGAGAAUUGGGUGCUUCUUCAAAGCCCGUGAACAUGAACGCCCUCAUUCAGUCUCUGACGAAUGAUGUGAUUAGUAGGGUGGCGAUGGGGAAGAAGUAUGGUUUGGGGAGCGAUACCAGGGAGAUUUAUGCCGAGUUUGGGCUGCUGUUGUCGAUUGUACCUUUGUGGGAGUACAUUCCAUGCUUGAGUUGGACUAGAAGGUUUGAUGGUUUGGAUAAGAGAGUAGAGAGAGUGGCUAAGGAGAUGGAUAAGUUUCUGGAAUCUGUACUUCAGGAACAUAGGGUUAGAGAGAGGAGAGAUGGUGAUGGUGGUGAUCUGGAUUUUGUGGACAUAUUACUGGAUUUUCAGAGGGAGAAUGCAACCCGCAGCCCCAUUGAAGAUGACUCUAUCAAAGGCAUCGUCUUGGAUAUGUUUGCUGCUGGAACUGAUACUUCAUUCACAACUCUUGAGUGGGCGAUGUCGGAGCUGAUACGAAAUCCAAAAACUAUGAACACCUUGCAAAACGAAGUGAGAGAAGUAGCGGGAAGCAAGGAAGAAAUUAAUGAGCAAGACUUGGAUAAAAUGCCUUAUCUAAAAGCAGUGUUGAAGGAGAAUCUAAGGAUGCAUCCACCUGUUCCAGUGCUUAGCCCUCGUGAAUUAAUUAAAGACACCAAAGUAUUGGGCUAUGACGUUGCAUCUGGUACGCGUGUGAUGAUUAAUGUUGGGGCAAUUUUAAAGGACCCGUCACUGUGGGAAAAUCCUGAGGAAUUUCGUCCGGAGAGGUUCCUUGAGACAAGCAGAGACUUCAGAGGUCUGCAUUUUGAGUUUAUUCCGUUUGGGGCAGGCAGGAGGGGCUGCCCUGGUACUACGUUCGCAGUGGCGGUGAUUGAGCUUGCAUUAGCCAAGUUGGUACACAAGUUUGACUUCACAUUGCCUAAUGGAGCAAAAAUGGAGGAGUUAGAUAUGAGUGAAUCUAAUGCAAUCAUAGUCCAUAAAAAGUCUCCUUUACUUGUUGUAGCUACUCCUCAUGUUUGUUAG